GACAGGCCUUACCACCCGUUCAAAGGUUCAUCAAAGGUGCACCGCCGGCGGGUGAUCAGACUCCGCGAGGCAAUGCAGACUGCCGCACUGUCUCCCUUCGCGUCGACACCACACCCUUCACUCCCUCGCACGCCACCUUCGACGGCCACGCUAGCCCAACUCCUCUUCCGGGACAGGUGGUUCAGUGCAUCAUCGACUCCCGUGGGAAUUACGUGCCGCUUAUGCCAUCCUCGCCGGCUCCGAUGCUUCAAGGCAUGCACGGCGCUUUCCAGCCCAACCAAGGUCACUUUGCUGGCAGUCCCGUCCACGGUCAUGGACAGUCAUUCGCUUCUCCUGUCGGCAACCCUCCGCCUUUCCAGAUGAAUGGCCAUGGUGGCUUCGCUGAACCUCAAGCUCACGGUCACGGCCAGCCAUUCCCCUCUUCUAGCGGGAUCGCUGCCAGCUUCCAGAUGCCUGGUCAUGGAGGCUUUCCCGGAGCUCAAGUCCAUGGCCACAACCAGUCAUUCGGCUCUCCUCACGGCAACGCUCCCGGCUUCCACAUGCCCAGUCACAGCGGUUUCAAUGGUGCUCCAGUCCGUCAGCCAUUCGUCCCCCCUGUCAACAAUGGCCCCGGCUUCCAGACGCCCGCUCGUAAUGGCUUCGGUCAUCCGAUGAUGGGCGGACAGUCUUUCAACAACGCCGGCCCUGCUUACCCGCCCAGUCCAUCCAUUCUGGUCACUCCUCCGACGAUCAAGCGUGUUCAAGCCCCAGCUGGCCCGCAGUACACCCCCAGCAACCUGCGCGGAAUGCAGUCGAUGGCCAACAUGAACACAGGCUACCACGCCGGCCCCGUCGCCACUCCUCCCACCGCCCAGCGCGUGCGUGCUCCGGUCAACAUGCAACACGAGAGUCCGACCAACCUGCGCGGAAUGCAAUCCAUGUACAACCUGAACACCGGCUACCCCGUGCCUCCCAUCACCGACGCCGACCUUCAAGCUCUGUACCACGCUGCGUCCAACUCCAAUGCCUUCGCUCCCAGGACUCCCUCGGAGCACUUUCGCGCGGACCAGAACACUUCCAAAUUCACCAUCCCGCCCAAGCAGUCUACGAAAGGCUCGGAUGACGAUGACGAUACGCCAGAGCGUAAGGAGAAGCAGAAGGAGUUGGAUGAGGUGCAACGCCUUAUCACCGACCUCAAUAGCAAGUUCUCGAUGCUGAACUACAAGAUGGGGCAGAAGAAGGGCAAGCAGGUCGAAGUGCUGGAGGACUCGCCGAGGAGUGAGGACGCGAAGAGCCUGUCCUCCUGGUUCGCCGGACAAGAGGAAUUUGAGGGAAAGACGCCGUCGCCGCCCUCGACCUCCCGGUCCGGGACUUCGAUCGCGCCUGCCAACGAGCAGGACGACGAUGCGGGGUCCGUGUGCUCUGUGGAGACGCAUGGCGGCGUCUCCUUGGAGUGAAGAUUCUUUGUGCGUGCUGGUGCUUGCGCGAUACUUGCGUGGUGUCUGUUGUGGGGGUUGGGACGUGUCUUUUCUGCUCUGCUGGAGCUCCGUGAGAGGGAGGUCUUGUGCUUUGUGUCUUUGUGCUUUGUGUUUUUGUCUUCUGCUUCCUUGAGAGUGUGUUAGUAUAGCUUGCCCUAAUAAUCCAAUGAACCGUUGCCCAUCUUGCUCAUCUCCAUUUCAUUCUUUUCACCCGUUGCGUAUGCCUCGC